CCGCGUUAUCCAUUGGUGGGACCACCUCACAUCAAUCAUCCAAGAAUUCUGACGGAAUGUGAUUCAUAGGUACGAAAGUGUUGCAUGGAUCCCAAAUGUAAUUGCUUUUAUCGCCAUAUUGGCUGUCGGUUAUCCACAACUACGCGAAAACUAUCGGCUCCUGUCCCUUCAGCAACACCUGCUAAUAUUAUAUCUUUUGCAUCCUUUCUCGCAUCUAACAUUAUCGGCUGGUGUCCCAUGAUCCCUGACUAUGGGUAUACCAUAGCCCUGAUGCUUCUUCCACGAGAAUUUUCAUCUACACAUAUCUUGGGUUCUUCGUAUCUAAUGUGACUGGUCAGGCUCUGGGUGCCGCAUUCGCAGCAGCAGCUCCGAGCGUGCCUGCUUGGAAUGCAGGAUUCGAUGACAGCUCUUCCGUCGGUGG